AUGAAGUUCACUUUCGCCAUCGCCGCUGCCAUCUUCACUGGCCUCGUCUCUGCCCUCCCUGCCAAGGAGGUCGAGUCUCGCCAAGUGCCCUACAUCCCCUGCAGCGGCAUCUACGGCUCGGCCCAGUGCUGUGCUACCGACGUUCUCGGUCUUGUGAACCUCGACUGCGGCCAGCCCCCCGAGACUCCUACCGACGCCGAUACCUUCAGCGCUAUUUGCUCGGCCAUCGGCCAGCGUGCCCGCUGCUGCGCUCUCCCUGUCCUCGACCAGGGUGUCCUCUGCAACACCCCUGCUGGCGUCCAGCCUUAA